AUGAAGUCCAUAGUGCCCCUAUUUAUAAUUUUAUGCGUGAUCUGUGUCGUCGUGCCUUCGGAGUGCGCCAGAAUCCUAGCUCUGUUCCCAAUCCCGUUCUACAGUCAUCAAACCAAUCAUCCGCUAUUAUGGCUGGAGCUGGCCAAACGUGGACACGAAGUAGUGGUGGUCACACCGAACCCCGCGUCACAUUUGAACGUGCCGAAUAUCACGCAGAUCGAUGUUAGUAGAUCAUACGUGUUUGUCAAACCUUUCGAUAUGACUCGCAUAAAAUUCAAUGGAAUCAACUGGCAAACGUACCUACAUGAGCACAUAUACCAUGGAUCCCAGUUUUUCGUCGAGAACCUAUUCCAUCAUCCGCAAAUGAAAGAAUUGUACGAGCCCAACAGCAACGCGACUUUCGAUGUGCUUGUGAUAGAAAUGGUGGAAAUGCCAUCUUUAUUCGCGUUCGCGCACAGAUUUCACGCACCUGUCAUAGGAUUCAGCUCGUUGACGCUAUCCACCAUAAACGAGCACAUCCUAGGUGGACCAGUAUUAACGUCCCACGAAUCCGUGUGGGAAGUCGGAGCGCACAUAGGACCGAACUUGUCGUUCUGGCAAAGAUUGAAGAAUUUCGUGAUAGUCUGGCGCAGUACGUACUUUCUCUAUCGCUACCUCUUUCCGCAGCAUCAGAGGAUCGCGGAGAAGUACUUGGGCCCAGAUCUACCGCCUAUGCUCGAUAUAAUGAAGAACAUCAGCGUGAUAUUCGUGAAUCAAGAUGACGUGUUGUCACCUGCUCGGUCGAAAGUGGCGAACCAGAUCUCCUUCACCUCCCUUCACAUUUCUGACAAUCUUAAACCGCUGCCAAAGGAAUUGCAACGAUUUGUCGACGAAGCAGAAAAUGGCUUCAUAUACUUCAGUCUCGGGACCAAUGCGUUGACUUCCUGUUUACCGAACGAGACUUUGCAGAUUUUCAUCGAUGUGUUCUCCAAAUUACCGUACAGAGUCGUCUGGAAACACGAGGAAGAGUUGCCUCGAAAACCUGAUAACGUAUUUAGUAUGCCAUGGUUCCCACAGCAAAGUCUUCUUGCACACCCGAACAUUAAGAUGAUGAUCUACCAAGGGGGCCUGCAAACUAGCCAAGAGGUUGUGUAUUUUGCAGUACCAGUUCUAGGGCUUCCCGUGCUAGGCGACCAGGACUAUCAGGUUCGAGUGAUGGAACAGCUUGGGAUUGGGAAGUUCUUGGAUCUCCCGACCUUGACCAGGGAUCAGCUGGAACGAAACAUUCUGGACAUCGUGACUGAUAAAAGGUACAAAGAACGGAUACUCGAGGUGAGGAGUAUUGCGAAGGACAAACCGUACGAUUUAUUGGAACAUCUCGUAUGGUGGACAGAAUUUGUGAUUCGUCGCAAAGGCGCUCCGCAUCUUAGGACCAGCCUGGCCAGCCUGCCUUGGUACCAGCGCUACGAUACGGACAUUAUAGUGUUUUUAACUAUUGUAGUAUGUAUAGUAAUUUUCAUUUCGACCAAUGUAUUUACAAAACUUUUAGUUUAUUUGUACAGACAACGGCAAACUACGCCUGCAAAUAAGAAGCAGAAACGAAGUUAG